GGUAUUAGUUUUUCGGGCCGCCAUAUUUAAAAAAUGUAAAUAGCGGGUAGAAUAUCUUUACACUAGAUCCAGAGGAUUUUGUUGCUUGAAUGUGUAGCAUGUAAAUAAUUAUAUAGACACAAUGACAGAAAAACUGAUUCUUGAGGACCUAAAUGCUGGGAAACUAGAAAACUUCGACCGCUUUAUAUCGGAGUACCUCUCUCCAGCACAGAAAUCCUCAACCUGCAGUAGUGACCAGCUUUCCCGAUAUACACUUACCACGGUCCAGGUUUUACAGGCCUCUGUGACCCACAUUCCCACCAGUGGACCACUUCGACCAGUGUUACUUAAUGCCAUCCAUACGUGUUACAACUUCUACGCCAAGAACCGGGGUCUCUUAAAGUUACCUGAACCUCUGACGCUGCCAAAAGUCCUAUACCAUAUUGUUGUUAAAUUAGCUGACGUUCAAAAUUGUAUAGCUGAAGUCUACAAGACUGGCCAAUAUUUAUAUGAGGAGUUGCUUCCCUUAGAAGACCAUUCAACAGGAGCGACAGCGUCGAUAAUUACAAACAUUUAUAGCAAGCUGUGGAAUGUUGCUAUAAAGUUAGAGCAAAACAAAGCAACAUUGCAACCAAAUCUUGUGUUGCAGUUGCGACAUAUGGCCGUCAAAAUGUUGCUGCUUAGGCGAAUUGCUGUGGCACAGACAGUGGACAAGUUUCUUUUAGCCAUAGAUAGAUAUGACAAAUCAACAAUCCAGAGAAACAUGAAAACAUCACUAUCAGCUGACCACUUGUCUGUUUCUUUAGUACUGGACAUUGCCCAGUGUAUUGAGACAAUAGGAUCGGGUGACUGUACGUUAACCGAGAAAGAUAUAUGCAGUUCUCUGUCUUUGUUCCAGUAUCUACACCAGCUCAUUGUAACUCAACAACUUCACUCUAUCCUGGGGAUGGUGCACCAGAUGUCAAAGACAUUUCUGCACACAUUUACAAAUGUGGCCUUCUGUUUUGUGAUUAAGAGUUUAUUUGAAACAUUUUACCUGUCAGUGAAGUGUACAAAACCUAAAUAUUCAGAGACAGAACAAAGUGACAUCAACUGUCUCUCAGAGAAUAUUACAGAACUGCUACUAGAGAGUGUAUCUGGUCUGAAUACAGGGUGGUGUUUAUUGAUCUGCGAGUGUCUCUUAGUAAUCCUGAAGCAAGAGAUGAUGGUCAGUUCAGAGGACUGGUGUUUGGCUGAGGGGGUACUGGAGUACACACAAAAGGUCACCCAGUUUUUAAUCAGGAGCCGGGAUGACGGGAAGUUGCAGUAUGAAGAGGACUCGGAUGAGAAGAACAAUAAACUGGCAGAGCUGAUCAGUACCAAGCUCAUCAUCAUUCUUAGGACAGAGUUGGAACUUGGCGUUGCACUGAUGAAUAACUAUAAGGAUCCUGCUAGAGUGACCCAUCACUUGUGGUCCUUACAACCGCUGACCAAGGCCUACGUCCAGCAGAUAGAGCAGACCGGACACGCUCCUCCAGCAGUGGACGUCGUCCUGAGGGAGAGGAGGCAAUGUGGUUAUCUAAUGUCCAAGUUUGCCAAGCUCUCAUGUAGUCUGGGUUGCCAGGAUCUUGACGUGUUUUAUUACAGCGUAGAGUGUGAUCAGCUGACAAAGUGGGCAGAGUCUGAUGAAAGCCUCAAACAACAGCGAAUAAAAGAAGUUAAUCUGUUGGGUAUCUACGAGAUGCUGGCUGAUAUACACUGGAAGCUGGGUGACAUUGACGCUGUGUUGAUGACAUUGACAAGAAGCGUGGAAUUGGAACACUCCCAUCUCGUGGCUGCCGUGGAGUUGUGGUGUCGAAUCAAGAGGGAACAACUGCGAGUAGGAAACACACAAAUCGCCAACCAGUGCUUUGUGGACAACAUGAAGGAAAUCAGCGGAACUCUAAAUGCCUAUGAUGUUCUAAAAAUGGAGUGGAAGAGUUUUACAUUAACAAGGAAGAAGUACCCCGAGGCAGAGUUGUCUCUCUUGAGGAGAUUGCAACUUUGUGCCCAGCUUCCUGUUCAGAAGGCAGAGUGUCUAUUAGAAAUUGCCAAACUGCUGUGGGGACACUCUGCCGACAUACAAGAGAGACCGGUGGAGGAGUAUUUAAAAGAAGCAGAGCAGUGUGUGGAGAAUGUGGUCACUUCAGAGGAGGCCAUGAUCCUGGCGGACGUACAACUGUGGACUUACAUUGUCAAACAUGAAAACAUCUGCAAACAGCUGAUCUCGAGCUCCCAGAAGAUGAGUAAAAUGGAGGAGAGUGUCUCUGACCCGGGAGAGGAACCACAGACCUGCAGCUCGUUUGUAUUUGACGUGAUGUGUACGUUCUCCAUGGAGAUGGAGAUCAUCAGACAUCUUGACAAGGCUGUGAAAUUAUGGGAGAAGGUUUCAGCAAGCUUUCACACACAGGACAGUCUCCGAUCUCUCAUGCUGUGUUCCUCCAUUUUACGUCUGACAGGAAAGACUGACAGAGAGCAACGAGUUUUAUUCCUGGCCAGUCGUGUAUGUAACGAAUUAGGAGAUGAAGCCAUUUGUAAUGUGAUCAAGUGUCGCCUGUCUCAUAUCUACAGCGCGCAUGGUCAGCAUGUCCAGGCCACUCAGCUCCUGCCGUCUGUCCCUGACCAGCAGUCUGGCUUUGAUGAUGGCUACCUGCAGACAGUGAUGGCCAGUGUGGUGCACUUCUUACACACAAGACAGAUCCAGAAAGGGUUGGACCUUUUAUACAACAUCAAUGAGAAGAUCAGUCAGCAGCCCAACCACAGUAAAAUUGUGUGUCUGGCCAAUGGGACGGUCAAGCGGUUCUGGUCACUGUUCCUGUCCUUGUCGACAGCACCACCCCACGAAGACGUGAUUGAGGAGUACAGUCUGGACCAUGCCAUCGAGGCAUACAGGAACCACGUCAGUGUCGUCUACUUCCUGUUAGGAAAAGAUCACUGGACGGUCGACAAUAAAGGAAUGAAAACAACGGAGAAAUUUGACGUGAUACAGGAGUACCUGUUGUCUCUGUAUCAUCUUGGUCAGCUGGAGCGACUGGUCGGAGACAUGAGGUCAGCCAAGUUCCACAUCAAGGAGGGCUGGACUACAGCUCACUUCAUGGGGCUACCAAAGUGGGCCUCGAUGUUUAUGAAUGAAUUUUCAACCAUCCACAUUCUGUCUGAAAAUGUGGAAGCUGCAACUUCAAGUCUCACAAAAUCAUACCAGGUAUUCAAUGUCAGCCAGACUUCAGCUAGGAGAACUUCUAAAGAAUCAAAGUCAAAAUCCAAAAAAGGCAAGGCAGUGGAGGCAUUUGGAUUUGAUGAAGAACAGCAGAUAGAGGGAGACCCAGGUCAAUACCAGUUUUCACACCCACUCUGCUGGCAACACUUGAUAGACAAUGUGACCUGUGACCUUUGUGAAGAUGACACUGUCAAGUUGGCUGUUUUGUCAUACUCCCUUGUUACUGCGAAGUUUGAUGUCUACCUUCAACAGAAUCUUAGAUUAAAAACUUUGGAAAAGAUCUACACUGUUUGUCAAAGGUUUAUCAAUCUGAAAGCUAAAACUGUAAUGCAGGAUCAGUCAUCGGUGUGUUUAUUCCAAGACGAUUCGGAUCUGAGAGAUAUUUAUGUGGAGUGCUUGUCUCUGAUGGCAGAAACCAGUCUACAGCUGGGAAAGACGGACAUGUGUGCAAGUGUCAUCCAGACAGCCCAGGAGUUCUUCCAAACCCAGCAUGUGAAUGACCUGGUAGCUAACUUAAUUCAGAAUAAAUUUACUGUCUUUAAGGCCCAAAUGUGUUUAAUGAGGAGUUUGAUUAGUGAGAUGGAUUCCUGUGAUAAAGAAUCUGACAUUGUGGAGGAGAAUACCCCACUGGAGACGUCCAUCAAACCAGAGGAGGUGGCUUCAGAGAUUUCAAAUAAAUCAGAGGAGGUUGAUCUGCUUAACGUCACUGAGGUGGAUUGUCUUGUGGAUGACAUUGAAAAACUGGAUAUUAAUGACAUGUUAGAUGCCAGUGUGAACCAGACAGAGGCAGGAAUCAGAAAAAACAAAGGAAGAAGGGGGACUCGGAAAAAGCAGGCCGAAAUGGAGACCAAUGAAGUUCUGUCAGGGACAUCGUGUGUAAAGAUCAAAGAAGAGGCCGUAAUGGUGGAAUCAAAUGCCACGAAGAAGUCUACUGCAGGAACAAGGAGAAAGAACAACAAUAAAUCUGUUCACUCAAGUAAUGAUAAAUCAAUCCACCCAAGUACUAAUAAGUCAGUCCACCCAAGUACUAAUAAGUCAGUCCACCCAAGUACUGGCAGAAGGCAGGGAAAUACUAAUGGCAGUUUGACAGAGGAACCAACAAACACCACAGUCUCAUCAGCUUCGGACUUUGUCUUGAAAACUCCGUACAGCGUAAGCAGUAGGAAGGCCCUGAUGUUCAGCUCUGAUUCUAGUGAUGAGGACACUUCUUCUACGUUACCUGUUAGUAAGAGUGGUACUGGGUCUUCUGUGACUACAGGUAACCCAGACAGUUGUUCUUCAACAAAUUCCACACCAACUACUAACAAAAGCACCUCCAAGUCCAGAAUUCCAAAGUAUGUUAAGCGAUCUAAAGGAUCUGAAGCCCAGAGGGAUUCCUGCACAGACAUGAGAAUUGUUAAACAGGUCAGCACACAGGAUUCCAGCGUUGUUCAAGAUUCAUCAGUGUCCAGAGUCAAAAGAACUGUGAAACAGGAAAACAAGGAAAAUGUUCCUACAAAGAAAACCAUCUCUAGAAGGGGAAAAGCCAUAACAAAUGGGGAACCAGCCACGACCUCCAGAGCAGAACCAGUCAAAACCAUGUCCAGGGGUAGGAAGAAAACUGUUGAGAAAGUGGUCCAAAGUAACUGCUCUGAUAAUCAAGAAAAAAAUCCGACAAAGGAUGAUGUAUAUGAUUUUGAUGAUGGUGACAUCACUGAACCAAUGGAAGCAAAAACAACAGCGAAGAAAACCACAAGGAGGAUGAACACUAGAGUCAAGAGGCAGCCUGCAGAAAAGGUCAGGAGUGCAGGAGCCGUAGACAGUGAUGUAGAGCAGGCUGAUCUCAGGAGACAGAUUGGUUGCUACAGUGUGGAGGAGGAGACCAGUCUAUCAUCAGAGGAGGACCAACCAAGGAUUCAAGACAUUCAUAUCUCCAAACCAGAACUUUCUGAUUAUCACCAUUUUGUGGAAAAUUAUUCAGUACUGCAAGAAGAAGUUUUGAAUGAUUCCAUCGAGAUCCCUCGAGGUGGGAAUGAUAAAAGGACAAGGAGAGGCAAGGGCAAAAAGGUCACAAAACCAGAUUCACCUGGGGAGGAAGCACCAGGAGGUACAGACACCAGGGAGAUUCCUAGAUCCACCACCCAGGUCAGCAUGCAGCUCACCCUGGAGAGAAUGAGAAGGACAGUUCCACUACAGAAACUGAACAAGGAUACUGCUGGAAAAGCCGUUUCCCCAAAGGACGAGGAUUUGACGAGUAUGCUGGAGACGGCAUUUGAACAAGCUCGACACCUUCCCACUACUGGACUGUACACGUCCAUAUGUAACUUGCUUGCCCUGCAGUAUGUUACCAGCUGUCCACUCAAAGCCGCAUAUUACCUAACGGAGGGGAUGGUGAUCACAUUCCGACACCAGUCUCUGGUCAACUGCAGUCGAAAGAUUAGGAAAUGUAGAAAGGAGAUAAGCAGUGAGGCUCAGGAGAAGGGUGGGGCCCAGGAGGGGGAAAUCAAAAAUACCAUCUAUAAAAAUUUAAUGUUCAACAAAACUCCACAGGAUUUGCAAAAAAUCAUACAGGAACUUCCAGAAGAUUGGACAGUGUGUCAGGUUUCCUUGGUAACCAAUCCUCAAGUUCCGGACGAGAUGGUGUUGAGCAGUAUGAGGAAAGAGCAGGAUCCUGUAAUUGUCAGACUGGGGGCAUUUAAAACUGCACAGGGCAGAAGAAUUUUGUCAGAGUUUUCAGACAUCAUGGAACAGAGCCACAACAGCAUCAAGAUCACAGACAAGACAGAAUGGUGGCAGAACCGAUGGAUGUUGGAUGACAGACUCAAGGAUGUUCUACAACACAUAGACAAGUAUUGGCUGGGACAUUGGCGAUGUUUAAUACAAGGAACUGUCUCUGCAGCUGAUCUAGGAUUAUCACCGAGCGAUAUCACCAGCAGAGUGUGUAAGGAAAUUUACAGGGAGACCAAAGUCAGACUACCACUUCAUGUAUUACAGCGUUUAGUAGAAAAUGCAGAGAGUUUGUCUGAUGAAGAUCUCCGGAGUGCCAUCUCUGAAUUGAUGGGAAACAAAAUUGCUAAUUCAGGGGUAGACAACUGUGUAGCUGUAUUUAGGAAAACGACCACAGAUCUCAAACUUGUCAAUUGUAGAGGACACGUGCUACUCAUUUUAGACAAGUCCAUUCAACAUCUUCCUUGGGAAUGCGUUCCCUCUCUGGCCAAUACCAGCAUUUCAAGGAUGCCAUCGCUGUACCAUCUUCACUCACAGCUUUCCUACCUCAAGUCACAGAAGAGUUCCAUUUUACACACAGGCAUUGAUAAACAGAAUGUGUUUUAUGUGCUGAAUCCAGACAGUAACUUGGCUUCCACUCAAGAAACAUUUCAGGACUGGUUCUCUAGUGAGAAGAGCUGGGAGGGGAUAAUCAACAGGAAGCCGACAAAAGCAGAGUACAUGCAUGCACUCCAGAACAAGGACCUCUUCCUGUACUGUGGCCACGGUACUGGCGGUGCUUACCUGGGUGGAAGCGACUUGGCUGGUCUGGACUGUCGUGCGGCGACCAUUCUGAUGGGAUGUAGCAGUGGUAAACUGGAAGCUGCAGGACACUUAGAGGCCUCCGGGUUCAUGCUCAAUUACUUCAUGGCUGGAUGCCCCUGUAUGGUGGCCAAUCUGUGGGAUGUCACAGACAAGGACAUUGACCGGUUCCUGGCCUGCCUGCUGUCGUCAUGGUUAUCAGAGGAAGCCUCGUCACAUCCCAGAACUCUCCUGGGCAUGAUCCCAAAAGCCCGCGCUGCCUGUCGCCUCCCACACCUGAUCGGGGCUGCUCCAGUGGUGUAUGGAUUCCCGGUGUUUUUGAAACCGUCCUGAUUUUGAAAUAUAUAUUAUAUUGGUGUGUACAGUUUCAGACAAUAGAACCGUCCUGAUUUUGAAAUAUGUGUACAAUUUCAGACAUUAGAGCACUUUCCAUAAAAAUCGGAUUUCUUUUUUAAGGAAUGUAAAGUAAUUUGCACUAUAGCACAGAUUUUAUAUAUAGAAAUCAUCAAUGAACCUGUUAUAUGGCUGUUUUAUCUUUGUUUUAGGAGACAUGUUUUAUGAUAUAAUGUAAGGAUGACCAUUCUAUUUAGAAAGUUGCUUGUUGCUCUCAAUAUUUAUUUUCUGAUAUAUAGGUGUGUAUGUGUAUUUACCAACUUUUGACAUUUAUUUAAGAAUUUUGUACAGGAUUUAUGGAAACUAUUGUAAAAAUAAACAGUAUUUGAAUUGCAUGUGUGUGUGUGUGUGUGUGUGUGAAGGGUUCAUUUUAUUGUGUUUUGAGAUACCCUGGAAAUACAAUAUUCUUGGGAUGCUUAGGCCGAAGAUGCCCUUUAUAAGAAUAAAAGAGAAGUUCCUGGAA